AGGCGCGUGUCGCUCGUCCUGCUCCAGAACUCUCGAGACCCUCUAACUGACACAGAACCGAUCCGCAUCAUGGACUCCGUGGACUCCGUGUACUCCGACAUCGACAGCAACAGCUGCGACUUCUUCCCGCAUACCGACACCGAGGAGGACUCCCGCGGGAGCCCGCGCUCCGUGUCCCCGGAGCCCGAGCAGCCGCAGAAGAAGCGGCGCCGCGGACGCGGACGCAGCGACGGAACCGUGCCCGUGGUAAGGAAGAACCGGCGCGUAAAAGCCAACGACCGGGAGAGGAACCGCAUGCACAACCUGAACGACGCGCUGGACACGCUGCGCGAGGUGCUGCCGGACUUCCCGGACGAGACCAAGCUCACCAAGAUCGAGACUCUGCGCUUCGCGCACAACUACAUCUGGGCUCUGUCGGAGACGAUCCGCAUCGCGGACCUGCAGACGGGCAAACCGGGAGACGCUCCUCUGCUGCUGAGCUCCGCGCGCCUCGGUAGUGACGCGCAGAGCCCCGGUAGCGACGCGCGCUCCUGGAGCUCCAGCGACUCCUCGUCCUCCUCAUCCCCGUCCUACUGCGCCUCCACUCCGGGCAGCCCCGCCAGACCGGAGGACUACGGCUACCGGCCGCAGGACGCUCUGUUCGGCUUCCGCAGCUUCGUGCCGGGCGUCUACUGACCGAUGGAGAGACUACCGGAGACUCUUACCGGAGACAGUUUGUGUUGGACUAAGAAUCAGCC